UACAGUGGCUAAUUGAACAUAAAUUUUUUUAAAAAGGGUAGGAAGUCUAUAAUGAGCAGCUGCUAGAAUGGAUUUUAUUUUAAAAAAGAUUAAUCUGUAUUUGGCGUGGGUAUGACCAGGUCUUCUCCCCUGUGUCAGACUGAAGUUCUUUGAAAGCAGAUUCUUCUAGGUUCUUCUCUCGGCACCCCUUCCCAUCCUUUGUGCCCUUGUUUAUAAUCAGAACUCAAGUAGGUGCUGAAUUAAUAUUUCUGUGUCUCUUGAGUGACAGAUGAAUGAACGUGCUCAGUAAAUGCAGGUACUACGUUUGCCUUGUUGCUACAGAAAUCCAAGGGUGUUUUGAUAAAAAUCCGUGAUUGUUAAAUGCCCAGGUUGGUUGGCUCCAGGUGUGGGGAAGUGGUGUGCAGUCCUUUGAUCCUCCCUAGGAGAAGGAGAUGCUAAUGUGGAUAAUAAGAAUUUGCUACUUUGUCUUCAGUUUCGGUUUGACCGCCUCGCUUCACUGAGUCACAGCGCUCGCUCUCCGGGGACGGGCAUGUCAUUUAAGCCUGAGACUGUCCCUUGGACAGUUUAUGACAUUGUAACCUGAAUUUCCCGCUACAUGAACAGCCGGCGUUGGUCAUAAAAUUUCAAGAACACGUUAAACGUUAUUUGGUUUGUAGUUGACAUUGAGAUUAACUUUCUCUAACCUAAACCAGUGAAAACCAAAAUGCUACUCACCACAUAAAAGUUUUGCUUUCGCUGUGUUCAGACCCCUCCCACCUCCUCGGAGCACAGUCAUUUGGAGGCUAGUUUGGGGGCGGUGUGGUUGUAUCUCAGUGGUGUAUGACCCACUUUUUCGUAACACUUAAUUACCCGUGUUUUUACAGCGCUAGUCAGACGGUCUGACGAGAGUGGACUCUAACCUAAAAAAGGUUUUCUGAUACACCUCACCAGGGCUGUUCUAGUACCGUGCGUUAUCGGAAGAAGGUGUUAGCUGCACAGGGCGUGUGUUAGCUACCAGAGGAUGACAGAACAUUUCCUCUAGUUUCUGGAUAAUGAGCAAGCACACAGGGUGUGAACGGCAUGUCUGUGGAUGAGAAGCCUGACUCCCCCAUGUAUGUGUAUGAGUCCACAGUCCACUGCACCAACAUCCUCCUGGGCCUCAAUGACCAGCGGAAAAAGGAUAUUCUCUGUGACGUGACUCUGAUCGUGGAAAGGAAGGAGUUCCGGGCCCACCGGGCUGUGCUGGCCGCGUGCAGUGAAUACUUCUGGCAGGCGCUGGUUGGACAGACGAAAAAUGACUUGGUGGUCAGCUUGCCUGAGGAGGUCACGGCCAGGGGCUUUGGGCCUCUGUUACAGUUUGCCUACACCGCCAAGCUGUUACUCAGCAGAGAGAACAUCCGCGAGGUCAUCCGCUGUGCCGAGUUCCUGCGCAUGCAUAACCUGGAGGACUCCUGCUUCAGCUUCCUGCAGACGCAGCUCCUGAACAGCGAGGAUGGCCUGUUCGUGUGCCGGAAGGACGCUGCGUGCCCGCGCCCGCCCGAGGACCGCGAGGACUCCGCGGGAGAGGAGGAGGAGGAAGAGGAGGAGACCAUGGACUCCGAGACCGCCAAGAUGGCCUGCCCCCGGGACCAGAUGCUUCCAGAGCCCAUCAGCUUUGAGGCCACCACCAUCCCCGCAGCCGAGAAGGAGGAAGCGCUGCUGCCCGAGUCCGAUGUGCCGGCCGACACCAAGGAGAGCUCCGAGAAGGACGCGCUGACGCAGUACCCCAGAUACAAGAAGUACCAGCUUGCAUGUACCAAGAAUGUCUAUAACGCAUCGUCACACAGUACCUCAGGUUUUGCAAGCACAUUCGGUGAAGAGAACUCGAGCAACAGCCUCAAGCCGGGGCUUGCCGUGGGGCAGAUUAAAAGUGAGCCGCCCAGUGAAGAGAACGAGGAGGAGAGCAUCACGCUCUGCCUGUCCGGAGACGAGCCGGACAGCAAGGACAGAGCCGGGGACCUCGAAAUGGACCGGAAACAGCCCAGCCCCGCCCCCGGCCCCGCCCCCGCCGCCGGGGCCACCUGCCUGGAGAGAUCCAGGAGCGUGUCCUCCCCCUCCUGUUUAAGGUCUCUGUUCAGCAUAAAAAAUAGUGUGGAGCUGUCUGGCUUGCCCAGUACCUCUCAGCAGCACUUUGCCAGGAGUUCGGCGUGCCCUUUUGACAAGGGGAUCACUCAGGGUGACCUUAAAACUGACUAUGCCCCUUUCCCGGGGAAUUACGGACAGCCUCACCUGGGCCAGAAGGACGUGUCCAACUUCACCAUGGGGUCGCCCCUCAAGGGCCCUGGGUUGGAGGCUCUCUGUAAACAGGAAGGAGAGCUGGACCGGAGAAGUGUGAUCUUCUCCUCGAGCGCUUGUGACCAAGUGAGCACUGCGGUGCAUUCGUAUUCUGGGGUAAGCAGUUUGGACAAAGACCUCUCCGAGCCGGUGCCAAAGGGUCUGUGGGUGGGGGCUGGCCAGUCCCUCCCCAGCUCACAGGCCUACUCCCACGGUGGGCUGAUGGCUGACCAUUUGCCGGGAAGGAUACGGCCCAACACUAGCUGCCCGGUGCCAAUCAAAGUCUGCCCUCGCUCGCCCCCCUUGGAGACCAGGACCAGGACUUCCAGCUCAUGCUCCUCCUAUUCCUACGCAGAGGACGGGAGCGGGGGCUCGCCCUGCAGCCUCCCUCUCUGCGAGUUCUCCUCCUCGCCCUGUUCCCAGGGAGCCAGAUUCCUAGCCACAGAACAUCAGGAACCAGGCCUGAUGGGAGAUGGAAUGUACAACCAAGUCCGACCCCAAAUUAAAUGUGAGCAGUCUUAUGGAACCAACUCCAGCGACGAAUCCGGAUCGUUCUCGGAAGCAGACAGUGAGUCGUGUCCCGUGCAGGACAGGGGCCAGGAGGUCAAACUUCCGUUUCCUGUAGAUCAAAUCACAGAUCUUCCAAGGAACGAUUUCCAGAUGAUGAUUAAGAUGCACAAGCUAACCUCAGAACAGUUAGAGUUCAUUCACGACGUCCGGCGGCGCAGCAAGAACCGCAUCGCGGCCCAGCGCUGCCGCAAGAGGAAACUGGACUGUAUUCAGAAUUUAGAAUGUGAAAUCCGCAAAUUGGUGUGUGAGAAAGAGAAGCUGUUGUCAGAGAGGAACCAACUGAAAGCCUGCAUGGGGGAGCUGCUGGACAACUUCUCCUGCCUUUCCCAGGAAGUCUGCCGCGACAUCCAGAGCCCUGAGCAGAUCCAGGCCCUGCACCGGUACUGCCCCGUCCUCAGACCCAUGGGCCUCCCUACAGCCUCCAGUAUUAACCCCGCACCCCUGGGCGUCGAGCAGAACCUGGCUGCCUCGCAGUGCGCCGUGGGGGAAGGCGCGCCCUGCUGCUUGGAGCCCGCGGCCGCUCCGCCCGGGCCUCCCUGGGCCCCCGGCGGCGCCCCGGAGAACUGUACUUCCAGGAGGCCCGAGGGCGCUGAGCCGGGAACCUUCUCAGAGAGGGCGCCUGCUCUGGAAUCCAGGAGCCAGACGGUGACCGUGGACUUCUGCCAGGAGAUGACUGAUAAGUGUACGACCGACGAGCAGCCCAGGAAAGAGUACACCUAGUGACCCGGCCCGCCUCCCAGCUUUCCCACCUCGCCCACCUGGGUGUUCUACGGUCAGCCUGCGGUGCUCUUCAUCUGUUGUCUGGAAGAACCAAGAAGGAAUUUGGUGCACACUACAGCGUUCUUAGCAGCAAUACUGUUUCUAAGUAUUCCCUCCUCUCUUCACGCAGGAGUGAUACACAGUUCCCUUCACAAUGGUGCUACCCCUUGCCCAGGCAAGGAAAGACGGCGGUGGUGACACUGCCUGUCUGUGGGUUAAUUUCAGUCUCAACAGGGAUAGACUAUAACACCUCUAGGACCCAACCACGGAUUUUUUUUCUCAGUGGCCCAUGUCACAAACCCUAUCUCAGGAAUUUCUUCUGAAUGUUCAAUUUUUUUCAUUGAAGACAGCUUCUAUACACAUCAAAGUUUUAUAGCUAGACUGUACAUAUUAUAUAUAAUAUAUAUAUAAAAUAUAUAUAUAUAUCCAUAUGCAAAAGUCCUGCAUGCCUCAAUUUUCUCAUCCUAAAACUGGAAACUUCAUUUCUCAUUUAUCAACAGGUUCCAACAUUCCUCUUCUUUUGUCUCCAGUGCUAGAACUAGUUUGGUAACUGUUAACAUGGUCAUUUUUCUUGCUUCACAGUUCAAUUUCAAUUUGUACUUAUUUAUGGAACAGAAUUCAAUGUUGGAAGCUUUUUUUUUUUUUUUUGAGGCUUUAUUUCCGACCCUUUUUCUGUUGUUUGGUUUGCUUUGGGCACCAUCGGCCGGUGUCAUCUGAGUGUUGUGGUUUGUUCUGUUGUUGUUUUUUUUUUUUUUCUUGCAGAUACUGUACAGUCAUGGUCAACUUCGCCACUUGCACUGAGUUUUGGGUCAAACCUAUUUUCUUAAAUGAAGUUGUUAUUACUUCAGUAUAACUCAAGUAUACUGUAUAUUCUUUGCUUUUAGUUGAAAAGUAAGACAUUUUAGCUAAUUAAAAAGCACUCAGGUGAUAAUUAUGUAGGAAAAAUAAUCUUGCCAAAUAAUGAAUUCAUCCUAGGAUGUGUAGACAAUAAUCUGCUUGAAUAUUUUUAUAAUUCACCUCCUCCCCACCUUUCCCGGAAGCAAAGUUUAGAUGCAGAGAGUUCAGAGUUGAUGCUGAAUGUUCAGACUCCUAAGUGGGGAGAGAGUUUGGACAUCCACUCGAAAGUGCAUCCAAACAGCAGGAACCCAUGAUUUUGUACCAGAACUCAGCAGGCAUUGGCUCCUACAAAUCAACUUAGAACUGUUUUCUCACCCAGGGGGCGAGUCCCAUUCAUUUCAACCCAUCCUUGGGCCUCUGCCUGCUCUUGGAAGGGCAGCGCAGGAGGAACUUCUUGGAAGGAUUUGGCUGAUCAGCCACCCCGCUCCUGCCCCGCCCCCCUUCCCCUUCACAGGCCCCUUGCCCAGCUGGGUUCCCAGGACCUCUCCCUUGAGUGGGAUUGAAUCACAGCAGCUGGUGUUCUGCGUGUAAGCGGCGUCCUGGGUUAAUGCAGCUCAGCCAGAGUAGGAGAGAGUGGGGGCACAUGUGAGCCUGGGCUCCGUCCCUGACGCAAGCAAAAGCAUUUCUUUCUCCCUCCCUUCUCCACGUGCUUUGAGUUGAAUUCUGGGGUUUUUCUGCUCGUCUCUUGUCUGAAGGCAGAUUUCAUUCUGAGGCUUUGGACACGAUAUGGCCAAGGAGCCCUCCCUGCCCUGCCCCUUCCCCCACCACACACACACACACCUACCCUCACCUGAUAAUUUUCUUCUCUUGCUGCAAAACUGGUUGGCUUGCAACCCAUAGAGAGCAGCUUUCCUUGGCUUUGGGGGCGUGCUGGCCCCCAGCCAUGUUUACAGGAAGAUGUGCCCAGACCCUGCCCCCAGCCUAAGAGGAGGAGGGGUCCCUCCUUCCCUCCCUCCGGUGGGCCCUCCAGCCUGGCUGAGGGAAGAGUCCUGAAAGGUUUGAUGUGGGGAUGGGGUGGUGGGCAGUGGGGAGUAGAUGGUUGACUUUGUUUCUUUAUUUGUGCCAUUGUUUGGACAAUAUUAAAGCUGCAUGUAAAAGGGGAAAUUAGUAUAUGAUGUAGGCGAAAAGUGAAAUCAUAGUAACAUAUGUUUUAGUAUUAUUAACUUUUUUCUGUACAAAUAUUAGCGCUAAAUGUUUAAAUAUGUAUGAAUGCCAGAAAUUUGUUGGUUCAUGCGGUAGGAUAAAAAAAAAAAAGGCUUUUCUUUUCAAAUAGUUCCGCUUUUAAAACCUGCCUCUGGGUUUCUGUUUCCCCUCAUGUGCGUGUGUAUGUGCGUGUGUUAGUCUGAGACAGAUUCUGAGGCGGCUCAGAAUUGGAGCUGCCUUUUUUUUUUUUUUUGCGGUUGUUGGAAUUUCUUGGCCUAGUGGAACGGUUCUGUGCUUCACAGUGGAGUUUGCCUUUGUGGAAAACUGGUGACAGCUGGAAUUUAAAUUCAAUGUGAAACACGUGAGGCACCACAGGUCUGUGUUAUGGUGGUGGAGUCAGCCAACAGUAUUUUGUUUUUAACUCUCUUGUUGCCUUUUUUAAGUGACCUCCUCUUCUUUUGGAAAAAAAAGAAUGUUUCCUGCUCGUCUCAUCACCAGGUCCAAACCAGCCUGUUGGUGUGAUCUACCCUGGUGACAGCUUGUGUGCAAACUGGUCAUCUUGACCACAUUCCGUUGGUCUCCCCCUCCCCCCCAGUCUGCUGUUUGGGCUGCAUGCAGGCGCUGUGGCCAAGUCCGGGUGGGGGAGGGGGUCUCCUGUUUUCCCUCCACCCUCUCUGCCCACAUUCUCUGGCCAUCACCACCGCCCCCCAAGCCCAGCUGCUUUUCUCUCUCUUCAGCAACCAAACUCCUGCUAUGGGAACUGGUUAGAAACACUGCUUGAAAAACUUUCCAUUUCUUAGAGAUUUUUUUUUAACGACUUAUGAUUUUGUUCACUAUGUACCAUAAACAGUGACUGGCUUUGUGCAAUUGUCUGUGUGACCCGUCUUGUCUCCUGCUACCCUGAACCACGUGUUCCUAAGAAUUGUUUGCAGGUUGAUUCAAAGGGAGGACUAGCUGGGGACCAGAAUCCAAACUGCCUCAAGUGGAGUUUUAAAAAACCAGCCUGUCUCCUUAAUGUGGGAUCCCUUGGUGCAGCCUCUGUCUUUUAUGAAAAGGAAAAGCGAGUUAAGAACAGGGAAUAGUGUUUGCACAGCACGGUGACAUGUAGUUGUGCUCUGAAGGGUCUUUCCUUAUAAAAAUAAAGGACCCUCCUCCCACCGUGGACUGCUUAGGAAGAUCCCUGCCAUGGCCUAGUUGGGUCUCCAAAUAGGUGGGCAUGAGCUGUUGGGGCGGGGACCACGGCGGAGGCCCCAUGGCUUGUUACCAUGUGCCUGGAUCUAGUCCUCCCCUUGGAUCUGCCUGUGUCCUACUUGUGUGUCCAGACGACCUCGCUUCAUUCAGGUUGGUCAGGCUUUGGGCAGGUGAGUGCUUUGCUGUAUGUGUUUGUUUCUCUGCGUUAUCUGGGGGUGCCUUGAAUAAAAUCAGACUUCAUUACGUACUGAUUCUGGAACAAAACUGUUGCAAAAACAAAACAGAGCUGGCAAACUGACUAGGCCAUCCUGCUAUUUCGAUUCCGGGUUCCCUCACAAUGACUCAGGCGUCAAAGGUGAUGCUGCAGUAUAAAACAUUAUUUUGUAUAUUGUACAAGUAAUUUAUUAACUGUCUUUCUAAAAGUAUGCUGCUUUUAAGAUGCACUAUGACUUUGGAUUUAAUCCUUGUAUUGCUUUCCCAAGGAAGUAAAAAAAAAAAAAAAAAAAUGGCUAGCGAUUAGAAUGCCAACUGCCACUUCUCCU